UUGUAGUUAUCUACGACGUUGAAAUUUUCCUGCUGGUUUAGAAGCCUCUAAAUCAAGUAACUGCUGACUACUUUUUCACAGCAAUCGAAGCCAGUUCUUACAGUUCUUACUACGAAUCGAUCGUCUGCAGUCUGCAAGAGUACUGGCGCUCGAUCAAGGUGAUAUUUUGACAGCUGUAUUCUCAUCAUGGAGUUUGAAUUCGUCAUGUAUCCAAAGCUGAUUCAUCUAGUGAGUUCGAUCUGGUAGCAAAUGCGAGAGUACCACAAAGAUUUGAAUGUUAUAUAAAUACCAACGGUGAUAAGAAAGUGUGGCGCGUGUGUUCCAUCACUGAACCGUAAAUCCCGCAAAUCUUAUGAGAGUUUGCAGCAAGUGUAGAAGCUUCAACAGAUGAGAUGUGCGUAGUGUCACAGCGUUGCCUUACAUUAUCUGCUUUAUAUUUGACAUUUUUGCUGAUUGCUUCGCGACUUAAUGUUGCUUCGGCACAAAACUCAACUUCUCAGCCGCGUGGCUCUGUUCCAAAUUUUCUCUGCCCUUCUGGGUUUCACUGUUUUAACAACACAGUUAGAACGGUUACCAUUGAAUGGGGACAUAAUGGACACAUAUGUGAUGGACAGUUUGAAGAAGAAUGUUAUGGUGAAAAAGAUCCCUUUGGGUUCGUCAGGGGUCCCAGACAGCAACCUCAAACUGUUGUACAGGGGGAUAAAGUGAUAUUUAAGCCCGAAAUGAUUACUUUUAGAGUGCGAAAUGUUACAAAAAAUGCUUAUGACAACUGCAUCUUGAACACUGGUCAGUUAGUCAAUAAUGCAACUUCCACAUCAUUUGAAGUUCCAUCAAAGUUUUUAAACCCAGUGGGAGUCAAGUAUUUUAUUGAUGAUAAUCCCUCACUUUUCAGUUGUAAUUUUGGCAUAAAACUAGAAAUGUAUGUACGCAGCCGUCAGCAGCCAUACUGCAUCAACUCAGCAAUGCCUCAGUCAGGUGUCUGUAGUGGUAUGGGACUUUGUGCCAGUAAUGCAAGUAAGUUUUUUACACGGAACUAUACAUGCUUGUGUCCCAAUUCAUAUCUAGGAAAUUAUUGUGAAGAACUUGACAGCUGUCACUCAAGCAGAAAUCCCUGUAAGAAUGGUGCGACUUGUAGAGACAUAACAGAUGGUCUUGCUGAUAGUUUUAAUUGUACUUGCCUGCCUGGAUAUACUGGGAAUCUAUGUGACACAAAUAUCAAUGAAUGUGCUUCACAACCCUGUCAAAAUAAGGGAUUCUGUGUAGAUUACAUUAAUCGUUAUACAUGUUUGUGUGAGCCAGAUACUGAAGGAGUCAACUGUGAAACUGUUAUUUUUAACAUGUGCUCAUUACAACCAUGUAAAAAUGGUGGAACAUGUGAAAGGUCAGGAGAAAAAAGACAAAACUAUACGUGCACAUGUCCACCAAGUUUCACUGGGCGAAACUGCACUGUAAACAUUACAUCCUCUUCAAUUCCGUUUUCCUCAAGGACGCCAUUUCAAACAAGUAUGCUACUGUCAACAACACUGGUAGUGAAUUCCAGCUCAGUUAGACAAGAUGUUUCUUCUUCAUUUAGUUUUACAUCUACGGUAUUGACAUCUUCGCUAGUAGAUCGUUCAUUAACCCAAACAAUAGCAAGCACACCAGAGUUGGCCACAUCAACUCCAUUGCAGUCACACAAAACUUUCUCAGCAUCUCUGUCUUCACAGCAGUCAGUUUUACCAACAAUCAAUACAAGUCUUUUAUUGGUGUCAACAUCACCAGUGGAACUCUCAUCUACGUCACUAACAAAAUUCAGUUCUUCAUCGACAAUCAAUACAAGUCAUUUAUCAGCAUCAACAUCACCAGUAGAAGCCUUAUCUAGCUCGCUAACAAAAUUCAGUUCCUCAUCAACCAUCGAUACAAGUCUUUUAUCAGUGUCGACACCACCAGUAGAAGCCUCAUCUAGCUCACUAAUAAAAUUCAGUUCCUCAUCGACCAUCAAUACAAGUCUUUUAUCAGUGGGGACAUCACCAGUAGAAGCCUCAUCUAGCUCACUAAUAAAAUUCAGUUCCUCAUCGACCAUCAAUACAAGUCUUUUAUCAGUGGCGACAUCACCAGUAGAAGCCUCAUCUAGCUCGCUAACAACAUUCAGUUCUUUAGUGAAAGUGGUCUCAUCAUCAGCUACCCCAUUUUCCUCUUCUCCACUUGUUCCAUCAUCAACACAAGUAGUUUUUGAAAGUUCUUCUGCAUCAGCUUCCCAAAAUAGAAGUUUAAAUGUGGUUUCUGGGACAACUUCAGUUUUGUUUAGUUUAUCAUCAUCAGCAAGUUCAACAAUCAAGUCAUCUUCAUCAUCUCAAGCAAUAAGUCCCAGCUUACCAACAUCAAUCUAUUCAUCAGUUACACCUGCAUCAUCACCAGCUGCAAUGUCAACUGUCAUCCAAUCAUCCAGUAUAUUAUUUUCAAGGCUACCAUUUUCUUCUGCAGUUAUCACCACAUCUAAGAUUUCAACUGGUACUUUGCCAACAUUCCUCGCCUCAUCAGCCACUGUUUUAAGCAAAUCUACUUCUUCAAUCACAACCACGGUGCCAUUGUCGACCACUGUGUUUUAUACUUCAACUAUGACACUCUCUCCUUCAAGAAGUACAGUUAUUGUUUUGUCUUCUGUGUGGCCAACAUCAUCACCUUCCCCAACCUUACCACCCUUAAACCAAACCUGCCUUCACAAUCCCUGUAUGAACAAUGGCACAUGUUAUGAUGAACCAUACUCAAGCUAUAAAUUCCGCUGUGAAUGUCCUUACCCCACUGUUGGACCAAAAUGCAAUAGUAUACAAGGUUAGUAGAGUAUAUAAGUUCCACUGACAGCAUUCACAUAGUAUGCUUCCCCAGUUUGGAAGUUGGUAGACUUCAACUUUGGCGUAAGAAAUAAUUUAUUUCAGACAAAAUUUUCUCGUCCAGGAACAUGUAACAGGUAAUAACAUAUUUUUAAACCCUUUUUUGGAGAUUAAGGUGGAAUGUUGUGCAUUAGAUCAUAUAUUUAAAUGCUAUUUUGCACCUUAUAAAUGAUAAAUUAUUAUUACUAUUAUUAUUAUUAUUAUUAUUAUGUUAAUUUAAUUAAAGUUAAAGAGAAAUAAAUGGUCCAUAGCAUUAGUAAACCCUGUCUAAGUUUAAAAUUUUACCCUGAUUCAAUAACGCUUACCUGCCUUUGACGACUUUAUGUACCCUGGUAGCUUUUUUGGUCUUUGUGCAUUCACACCUUCCAAAUGUUUCAACAGUGUAUCAGGGACUUAUUAACAGUUUCACAAGUCAUGUAUCUCUUAAAUUCUGUUUUUUUAAAUUUUUUUUCAGAGAAUGGUGAUCUUCACUUCCCAGGCUUCAGACAGGGUUCGUUCUUGGAACACAAGAGCAUCUCGUUUAAUAACGAACUUAACACCAUAGAUGUUACAUUUCAGACCAAUGCUACUGAGGGGCUUAUACUUUUUGCUGCCGAUCACAAAGAACGUGGAGAUUUUAUUCAAUUGAGUGUUGUUGGUGGUAAACUGGAAUUUCGAUUUGAUCCUGGAGACAGCUUGGUGUUUAUCAGGAGUGAUCAAAAUGUUAACACUGGAGAGACCAUCACAGCGACAGCCACGUACGUGUAACAUUAUAAAUAUAUCAUACUUAAUUUACAGCCUUACUGCUCCUUAGUUAUCUUUUAAAUAAUUAUUAUAAUACCAUAAUAGUCAACAGUUUAGCUUUAAGUUUUCAAAGUUGGUGUAAUGGCCAAGUUUUUCCUGUGAGAUAGCUGCAUGAAAAGUGCCCGCACUUUUGGUGCCUAAAAAGUGUGAAGAAUGAGCCCAUUAUGUACUGAGCCACUUACCAACCAUUUGUUUAAUUAACUUCACCUGGCGUAAUUAAACAAGCUUCAUGUUCGGUCCAUGGCUGUAUAUACAGUAAUGGUUCAUUCUUCUCUUUCACUUUUAUGCACUGAGAAUGCGGGCACUUUUCAUCCAGCCACCUAAAAGUAUUAAGAAAUAGUAUUAAGACCAAAUCUAUUAUGUAAACACCAAAGAAAUGCCUGUUGAGCUUUUCCACGAAAACGUGAUAUCUUCCCAUGUGAAAAGGUUGUGGUUGCUAUGGUGACACAAUAAAUUUUACCUUAAGCUGCAAAACAUUUUAAUAUAAAAAAUGGUUUGGUGGUUUGGCAUUUAAUAUUAUAUUUACAUGUACAUGACCACCUGGAGAUACAAAAUUUCUCUUCUCAUGUUGUCAAGCAUUCAACUUGUUUGGUGCCCUAACUCAUUAAAUUUUUUUUUAACUCUUGAAGAGAAACUCCACAUGUCCAUGGUCUCUUUCUCACACAACAACAGAUUGUUCUCACCAUUUAUUCAUGCCUAGUUGGUCAGUCUUUAGUUGAUAAUUCUCUAAAUAACCAUCAGAUGCUAUUUUGUUCUUGAUGUAGCUAUGUAACAAGAGCAGAUCCCCCUUUUGGAACACUUCAAAUUGGUAAUGGAGCACAGCUGAAAGGUGAAGUUAAAGGGAAGUUAAAAGGAAUACAGUUGUAUGACAGCUGGUAUGUAGGAGGUGUUCCUCUUGGAUUCAGUAUGCUUAAUAAAACAAAAGGUAAUGCUGCUCCAGUGCCAUCAUUUGUGGGAGCUAUCAAAGAUGUACAAGUUAAUAAAGAGGCAAUUAAUUUAGCAGGUAGGUCAUUGAUGGAUUAAAGGUCAUGGUUCAAUAAUUUAUUCAUCCUCUGUUGUUUUUAUCUUGGUCAUUGUUGGCGAAAAAAAUAUUCCUGAACACCAACAAUUUGUUGAAAGAAACGCAGAACUUUCGGAACCCAUCAGGAUCCCUUCAUCACUGAUCGAUGAUGCUGCUGUUAUUCAUUUUGAUGAGGCUGCAACAUUGUUCCAUAAAUUGGGGGAAGAGUCAUUGUUGUUUUUUACUGUUUGUAUGUUUGUGUGUUUUUUUUUUCAGUUUUUGCAUGGCACGCAGCGUUUCUUUCUUUAAUAGACCAGUUGCUCUUGCUACCAAGGCUGAGGGGAAUAAAGCAAAAGAAAUAAAAAAUACAUUUUUCGGGGUAAAUUAUGGUUUUAUAAUAUUUUUUAUUAGAUGCAACAAACUGGUUCAAUAUCAAUGAAGGUGAUAUGCCACCCUGUGAGAGAAUGCCAUGUCAGAACAAUGGAGUGUGUAUCCCACAUGAAGAUAAUGUGCAUGCUUACAGCUGUAAUUGCACAAAAGGAUACACUGGAGAGAACUGUGAGACUCAUUCUGCUUGUGAAUCUGAAAACUGUAAUGGAGGAGAAUGCAUAGCAAAGGACUCCAAUCCUAAAGCAUUCAUUUGUCUUUGUCCUUUGGGCAGAGUUGGAGUCCAGUGUGAAACAGGUACAUGUAGGCUGUCACUGUUAAUUAAAUAUCCAGCAUACUGAUCUGGUGAGUGUAGUCCUGAAUAGGACUGGUGUUUUUAAUGAUUGGCGUGUCACUGACUACUCAGUAGUCAUCAUCAGGGUCAAAUUGGGUUGUCUAACAUUUGAUGGUAAUAAGCUCUUGUUAUUUGCAACCUGAUUGGUAGAAAAUAACUUGCAUGUUAUUGGUUGUCUUGUCAGUUUAGCUGAUAUCAUUGGCUGCUGUGGAGACCCUAAAAUAAUGAGUGUUGUAUUUCAGGUUGUCUUCUAAUAUAUUACAGUUGAUCAUUGUGGCAAUAAAUUAUUAGUCAGGUUUUCUCAGUUUUUUUUUUCAGUCAAUAAAUAAUUUGUAAGGAACUGGUAAUGGCCUUUUUUCAGAACUUUCCAAUGUUGAUUUGACUCAUUUUACAUUUGUGAUUAUUUUUCUAACCAAUGCGCUUUUUAUUUUCAGUCAUCAGCAUUUCAGUUCCAUUGUUCACCAUUGUCCAAAGUUUCCCAUCAUUUUUGGAGUACCCAGUCCCCAAGGAUGCAGUUCGAAGCUUUCAUGUGACGUUUCUGUUCCGAGUAGAUGAUUCAUCACCAUCUUGGAAUGACAGCUUGUUGGUUUACAGUGCACAAAAUAAAUUUGAAGGUAGCGGAGAUGAUUUCUUUGCCAUUGGACUGAAAAACAACAUGGUCUUACUGCAGUACAACCUUGGUAGUGGAAUUGCACGUAUUUCUAGUGAGCCCCUUAACACAGCUAAAGAUUGGCAUUUGGUGGUAGCAGGGCGUGAUGAUCGUGAUGGCUACCUUUAUGUUGAUGAUCAGUCACGCAAAGAGGGCAGGUCUGUUGGCCCCCUCGUCGGACUCAACUUGUUUGAGCCACUUUAUAUUGGUGGUGUCCCAGAUAUACGGCAGCUGCCAAGUGUUCUUGACUUCAAAAGUGGAGGAUUUCACGGUGCCAUUUAUGAUGUAGCCAUUAAGUUUUCUCUUAAAACACCUUUCAUCCAGUUAUCAACUCAGGGUGCCUCCAAUGCGUGGGCUGUAGUCAGAGGGAGAAAUGUUGGAAAUGAAAGUUAUGAUGAAUGUACAGUACCUAGUAACACACCGUGCAUGAAUGGAGGCAACUGUACUCGUGAAGGAGCCACAUUCUUAUGUUCUUGUCCCCAAGACUGGGCAGGUCUUUACUGCAACACUCAGCUUAUUCCCUGUUAUAGUUACAACCCUUGUGUUACUGGUACAUGCCGUCCUGAUGGUUCAACCAUCAAGUGUGACUGUCCGCUGGGAAAAACAGGGCAGUACUGUGAUCAAGGUUAGUUGAUGUGUGUAUUAUUAUUGAGAUCCUUAAAUGUUGGCUGUGAUAUUGUUACCCUGUGUAGUUGAUGUGUGUAUUAUUAUUGAGAUCCUUAAAUGUUGGCUGUGAUAUUGUUACCCUGUGUGACUGGCUCUUAAUGUAAGACAAGAAAUAGAUGUGCUGUGUUGAGUUGUGUGCCAAAUUUAUGCCACUCUUUCUUCUCAACAAAUCAACAACAGUUUUUCAUCAUCUAUACUCCCUCUAUAUCUUGGAAAAUAAUAUAUAAAAAAAUGACGAUCGGUUAGUGCGUAAAACUCCGAGUUACAACUCCAUUAUAACGUCUAUCCUUUUUUUAUGUCGAAAAUAUAAACAUUCAAAAUUGAAGAACAAGACUUACAGAGAAUUAUAAUAUGUAUUCAUCAUCGUUAUCAUCUUUUUGAAAGCCUCAGAAUCUUACUUCUUUUAUUCACAGGAAAAAAAGCACAAGUUUUGUUUUUGACAAUUCUCUUGAUAUGUCAUAUUGAGUUUGUUUUUCUGCCGGUAUUUAUUUUGUAGAUAUAACAAUACAAACACCGCUGUUCCAGAAUUUUUCAUACAUGAUGUUUACCAAGACAAAUGUCAGAUCAUCAAUGCAGAUCAGCAUCAGAUUUAAACCAGCAGUAAGGAAUGGCAUCCUGUUUUAUGUUGCACAUGAUGAGCAGAGUAUAACAGGAGAUUUCCUCUCCAUCUAUUUACACAAUGGGUAAGAAGAACACUCUGUCAAUUACUGAGACAUGAUUCAACUGCCCUUUUACUUUGCUUAUUGAAACAUUCUUUUAAACUCUAAGUUGGCCUUGCAAGGGUCUUGGGUGGAAUCAAACCAGGGUGCUUAUACAUGUAUAUGCAUGUGGGCUAAAACGGUUUAGUGUUCAGUAAUGUGCUAGUAAAACAGUGAAGUAACAAAAGACGUUUUUUUCACAUUGUACAGUUGACUCUCAGUAUCUCGAACUCCUGAUUGCUAGAAUUUCCGUCAAUCCUAAGUUUUCAAUUUCCAUUAAAUGUCUUAGUUAUUGGAAGUAAACUCUAUGGGCCAGUUAAACAGUCGAGUUUAGGCGGACUUUAACAAAACUGAGUACUAAGCCAUUACUAGUUUGCCCGUGACACUUCUAUCUAAACACCAUUUCCUGCAAACAAUUUGAAUAAAUUAUAGCAGAUACUAUAGUGUAGACUGGAAAGACCGACUGGAAAGACCGACUAAAAAGAGAUCUUUAGGUUCUAUGAUUUCUUAAAGAACGGUCCAAUUUAGACUUCUUUUAACUAACCGACGCUCAGUGUCUUGAAAAAGUAGAAUCUUUUUUCCGUCCUUUUUUUUUGUAAGUUGUGGGCUUGUUUAAAGGCAGAACUUUAAAGUAUUGAUGAAGUUUUUUUUUGUUCGUUUACCUACAUGUACUGAAUAUAAAGGUGUCUAUAUUGCCCUUUGCCGCAUCUCUAUUAAGUACGUCUGAACUGUAAAAAUCUGAUCCAAACCUGGAAAAAAAAAGUCGUGGCCUUAUCGACAGUAUUCAGGACAUUUGAUUGAUUCAGAUUCUUGUGAAUUCUUUUUUUGUUAGAUUUGUCAAGUUGAGGUAUGAUCUCGGCAAAGGAGUUGGUGAAGCCAAGAGUAACUCAACAGUAAUCCUUGACAUGUGGCACAGUGUAACAGUGAGUCGAAAUGCUAAGAACGCAUCUCUGAGUCUGGAUGGGAACCCACCUGUGAGUGUUGUAUCUCCAGGAACUGCUGUGGCUCUUGAUGUUAAUUCCAAUUUCUUUCUGGGCGGGGUACGCAAGUUAUCCACUGUCAAUCCUAAUGCUGUUGAUAAUGAUCCUGCUUCAAUACAGGAUUUUUCCGGCUGCAUUAAUCAGUUGGAGGUAUGUGUGAUUACUUUGCAGUCUCUUUAUUUAUGGUAGCCUGUUCCAGGCUCCAAGAUAUUAGUGCGGUCAUACCCCUUCCCCAGAUCGUGGGCGUCUUAUUUUCGCGUGGCUUGUUUUAUUCUCGCACUGUCGGUCCCUACUUGCCUUAUUAACUUGCCUUACUUGCCAACUUGCCUAGUCCCUGUACAGCGUUUUCCCAGUCCCUCUCGGUCAAUUCACCUCGGUGACGUAUCCGAGGCGAACGAGCUGGAAAUGCCUAGACAAAAACAGAAAUAUUUUCGCUUGGACCACGUGACCCGAAACGCUUUGGCCGCGCGGAAUAAUGAGGCCUAGGAACUAGGUAAGGUCCUUACUAUCUGAGAGGCUGGCACAGGCUUUAUUUAUGGGUAAAUAGUAUUUAUAGUAUUUGUUUUUGUUUUAACAAAAAGGAGCUUAAGCAAUGACGACGGCGACGGCAAACUUCCUUGGAGUUAAAUUCUAAAGGUAUCCUCAUUAUUCGGGAAAAGAAAAAGAAAAUUGUUGUUUUGUUUUCCCGUCCUCGACAAAACGUCAGAAUGUGAAAUUAGGCAUUUUCACGUCGUAGUCGUGCAACGACGGCAAAGAAAUGUACAAAAAAGCGUGAUGUCGUGCAAAGUUGUUAUUUUACCAAUCGAAACCUAUUGGUUUAUUGCCAUUCUCGUUGCCGUCGCUGUCGCCGUUGCUUAAGUUUCCUGUUACCAUAGUAAUCAUUGCAGGUCAUCAACUAGCAGUGACAUUGUUCUUUCCCUUCUCCGCUGAAUCAACUGUCAAAAUUAAUGUCAAUUUUCUAUCGUCCUCUUUAGGUCAAUGGUAUCUUGUACUUUCAGUCCAACACCAGAGCCUUGGAAGGAAGAAACAUAGCAAACUGUCCACCAGAGUCAGCAGCUUAAGAAGAGGAGCCAUCAGCUAUUUUUACACGUUAAGAAACUAUUAUUUAACUCAUGGCAAACAAUAGUGUUGUAUUAUUUACAUAAAACUUGAAGCCCGAAUUAAUUUAUAAAUUAGUUUUAAAUGAAAGGCCAGUUGCUUUUAUCAGUGCUGCAAUUGAUUACUGCUAGCAUUAGAUAUAAGGCAACAAUAUCAAAUGUAACAAGGUACUGAGUCACUUACAGGCUUUGUUGUUUUAUAUUAUUCUUUAAACUUUUCUUUGGUUUUAUUUUACUUUUGUAUUUAAGUGACGAUCACCGCAUAGCAAGCAAUGUCAUAGACUUGUACUGACAUUUGUCCCAUGGGACGCCUAAAAGACCUUGACUAGUUUUAAAUUUCGAGUUUUAGAUAUUUUUUAAUUUCCACUGUAAGCUUUUUUCACUUUUUGUUAAUUACGUAAUUACUUAAUUAAUCAACAUGGUUAAUUUUUGUGGGCCCCACUGAAAACCGCCAAGGCGAGUUGGGCUCCCUCUUUAAAUACUAUUAAUUAUUGUUAUUAUUAUUAUUAUUAAUUUUUUCUGUCACUGCAGCCUGUCCAUAAGUCAGAGAUUACUGCUUGUGCCCUCUGAAAGUAGCAUGAAUGUCAAGAGUUAGCAGGGAAUUGGGAACCAGCACUAAAAACGCACCAUAUACAUUUUAAAAAUUCCUUUCGCUUCCUCGUCUUUCUAUCACCUCAGCCCAGAUAGCAAGGAUUAACUAUGAUCUUUCAGCCAGAAACAAAUACAUGUAGAUUGAAAGGAAGUUUGUAAAUAAAUCAGAGUAACUAUCUUGAGACAAUAGAACCUCUAUUAACCGGACUCAGACAUCUUUGAUACCCUCACAUGUAGCAGUGAUCGCUGAAAAAAGGUCUUGACUCGCUCAUGCUCGUUUACAUAGCAGGGUGUCUUAAUAUGAGUGCGCUUAUGAAUUAAUAUACGCUUACUGUGAUCAGCGACAACUUUUGUACAGAUAAUCAAGGUGGUGAUUUAUAGUUUUAUAGUGUAUUUUUAUGAUAAUUAACUAGCUUUCAUGAGUUUACUGUAAGCGCUUCUAGUCGUUUCCGAUAUACAAUUUUUUUUAUAUUGCCCUUAAGCUUGCUCAUUACAAGAGAGUGUUGGAGAUCAAGUCACACCCACUGUGUGAAAUGGCUACUAUUUUGCCCUCAUUUUGCUUUCUACUCAGUGAUUAAAAAGUAGAAGUCAUGAUAAGCAGAAGAAAUCUCAAGUAUUACGGUUGAGUGAUCUAUAUUGAUUUACAGGAAAAAGGCUUUUUUUCAUUACGUUUAAAAUAAUAAUCAUUGAUGAAAAUAGAUGAUGUAAAUGAUAUCAAUAGAAAUGUAUUAAUAUAAUGUAUUUUGUAUUGGGGAUGGACCUUUUGCCGUCGUACCUAUAGUGACGUUACAGUGCUGCUGUUGCUGUGAUAACCUACCCAUAUUUUUGUGGUUUUACAUGGCCAAAAUUAAAUCUCACGAACGCGCGGUUGCAGCGGACACUUACAAAAAUUACAACAGUUCUUUAGAACAGACCAUUGCGUGACAUCCUGAAUGUAAGUGGCACGAAGUUUGAUGUGCGAGAUUUCUGGUCAUGAGAUAUAGCUAGCAGAC